AUGGCGGGGGCUCCCGAGUUGGCGAGCCUCUCGCCUCCGCGGGACGUGGAGCGAGUGGCCGGGACAGAAGACCGCACCCCGGGCCCCACCACUCCCCGUGAGGACUUCCGCGUGCGCUGCACCUCGAAGCAGGCCGUGCUGGAGCUGAUGGAACUGUGCGGCCGCUUCGUGCGACAGCUCGGGGACGCGCUGCCGGAGGAGGUUCGGGAGCCCGCGCUGCGAGACGCGCAGUGGACUUUUGAAUCUGCUGUGCAAGAGAAUGUCAGCAUUAAUGGGCAGGCAUGGCAAGAAGCUUCAGAUGAUUGUUUCAGGGAUUCUGAUAUCAAAGAACUUGAAGAUCAUUUUGAUGAAAUCAUAGUAGACUUAGCCACGAAACGUAAGCAGUAUCCCAGAAAGAUCCUUGAAUGUGUCAUAAAAAUUAUAAAAGCAAAACAAGAAAUUCUGAAGGAAUAUCACCCUGUUGUACACCCAGUGGACCUAAAAUAUGAUCCUGAUCCAGCCUCUCGUGUGGAAAAUUUGAGAUGCAGAGGAGAAACAGUAGCUAAGGAGAUCAGUGAAGCCAUGAAGUCCUUGCCUGCAUUAAUUGAACAAGGAGAUGGAUUUUCCCAAGUUUUAAAGAUGCAGCCUGUUAUCCAACUCCAGAGAAUCCACCAAGAAGUCUUUUCCAGUUGUUAUAGGGAGCCAGAUGUUAAACCUGAGAGCUUUAUAACACAAAUAGAAACCACACCAACAGAGACUUCUACCAGCAAAACCACUAACGUGGUACUGAAAAGAAAGCAAACUAAAGACUGCCCCCAGAGAAAAUGGUACCCAUUGCGGCCAAAGAGAAUUAAUCUUGAUACAGAGUGGAUGGGAGCAGGGGGAGAAGAGAGAGAGAAAGAGAAAGAAGAAAAAUAUCAAUGUGAGAGAGACACAUCGAUUGGUUACUUCCCACACGCGCCCUGACUGGGGCUAAGAUCAAACCUACAACCCAGGUACGUGCCCUUGGCUGAGAAUUGAACUCGAGAACCUUCGGUGCACAGCCUGAUGCUCUAACCACUUAGAAACACCAGCCAGGGCAAGUUCUAUAUUAAAACCCCCAGACAGACAGCUGAAACUUGAAGUCCCUCAGCAAGUCCAAAGUUUCACUCCAUAGUUAGAGCAGUCUGUAUUCAGGAGUCCAAAGAAAUGAAUCAAAAAAAAAAAAAAAAAUCAGGCAUUUAUUCUUUGCAGUAAAGCAGAAAGCUGUACAAGAAAAAUGUAAUCAUAGUUACAGAUUGACCACAGUGAACAAUCUUUAUAUAAACAUAAUAAUGAACAUCCCAAAUAUGAAUUCAGUAGGAAAUUGGGACAGUUACAUUGGGAAGGUCAGAGGAUUGGGUAUUAAAGAUGAAUAGAGCACAGGCACUGGCCAGUCAGAAUGGGUAGUGGUCCAAGCACUGGAGCGGGGUUCUGGAGGGCCCCCUUAGCUGCUGGGUCCUGGGGAAGGCCAGGGUGUGCCAGCACAGGAACUGGAGAGGGCAUUGAGGAAGCUCCUGCCCUGACCAGCACAGAAGUUAAUUUUGCUGUGGUAAUGUGUGACCGUCUGAA